CUUCGAAACUCUUUUGAGUAAGAAAAGGGUGAUAUUCUAUACAAAACCUUGGAAAAUCGCUUUCUCAACUUCAAAUUUGAUUUUCUAGGCAGGGCAGGUUCGGUGUCGGGGCUGCAACAAAAUUUCGGCGGUGAAUGUAUCCCGCCCCAUCAAAACAUAUCGAAAAAUGCGCCCCUGCAUUGGAAAUCCUACAAAGAUCAACACAAAAAGAAGCUUACAGAUAUGGCAACACCGAAAUCACUAAAAGAAACGCUCGAUCGUGCUCUUGCUCGAGCUAUUAUCUCAGGAAAUCAGCCUUUCAACCUCUUUACGCAGCCUGUCAUGCGAGAAUUGUUACAUUUGUUAAGACCGAACUACGUGCCACCAGAUCGACAUACAAUUGCCGACAAGAUUUUGCCUCAACUUUAUACGGAAUGUCGUGCAAAAGGUAUUAGCGAAUUGCGCCGGAUUCAGUAUCUCAAUAUAACUGUUGACGAGACCUUAAAUAUCAAUCUUGAACGUGUUAUUGUGAUGACGAUUACCACAUCUCAAAGAUCGUGGUUCUAUACACUCAAAAAUAUGGAGGAUCAAGAGCUUAAUGCACCUAUGAUUGCGGAUUGGAUUUUUCAACAACUUCAGGCUUUUUUGACAGAGCUUUUUGGAGAGAGAAUCGAUUGGAAAGUCAUCAAUUCUCUCUCAACAGAUACAUGUCCUCUUAUGAGAGCUGUUUCGAAGCUUUUGCUACAAAAACCCCAGCUUAAACACACUUUUAUGAUUCCUUGUGAUUCUCAUGGUCUGCAGCUAAUAUUCAAGGAUCUUCUAGAUAUGAAAGCCUCAAAAACAGUCACCGUAAAACAGAUCUUUAAAGAAGCGUCAGAAAUCGUGUCGUUCUUCCACAACAGCCCAUUACAAUAUGCUCGCCUACAAAAAAUUCAUAUAAAACACAAAAAUCGCCGGCAAGUGCUUAUUGCCUCUGUUAUAACACGCUGGGGAAGCCAAUAUAACCUUUUGUCGUCGGUUUUUGAGAUGAAGCAGUCGCUUCUCGAAUGGGCAUGGAUAAUGGGGAAUCAUGAUACCAAACAACUAGUCGAGGUUAUUGGAACAAUUCAAAGCAGUGAUUUUUGGCUUCUUCUUGAGUCUUUAUGUGCAAUACUAAAGCCUUUACAUAUUGCUCAAAAGGAAUCUGAAUCUUCAAAUGCUAAUGUCAUGGAAGUUAUUGUACGUUGGCUGAAGCUUCAAAAUGACAUGACAACUACGGCCUCUUAUAUGCCACUUGAUCCUGAUAUAAAAUCCUAUUUUACAGAGGGAGGCUUUGAGAAGCGUGCUAAACUACAAUUAUUACCAGUCUACUGGCUUGGAUACUGGCUUGAUCCUUCAAGAAUUCUACAACCUCUUGAUGCGCCUACAGAAGAGGAUAUUCGCCUGCUUCUAGAGCCUCAAAAUGCAUGGGUCGAUUUCCUACAUUUUCGGCAACAAGGUGGCCCUUUUUACAAUGCAACUUGCUGGCAAGCGAAGGAUAUAAGCAUAUUUUGGCUUGAGGCAACUGAUCUCGCUCCAAAUCUCGCCUCAAUUGCAAAACGCUUGAUUAAUACAAUUGCUAGCUCAGCGGCCGCGGAACGUGCCUUUUCCUUAAUGAAUCUACAACAUACAAAGAUCCGGAAUCGACUCACCGUUGAGCAAGCUGAGAAGCUUCUUUUUAUCCAAAUCAAUGAGUUCCGGAUUUGGGAAAAGUCUACUUGGUCACAAUCGCAAGAAGGGAUUCAAAAAGAGCUUCUAGAAGAUGACGAGGAGGAAAUGGCAAGAAUCUAUACGCAACAAAACCAUGAACUUACUACAAUCUUGAAUAGCCUCAAUUCCAUGGAUUCCUUGCCUAGCGAGACUGGGCAGCAAAUUACACCAUAUAAUGACCUGUGA